UUUUUUUUAAAAAUUUCAUCAUCGUCAGUCGUCAGCAGCACUGCUCUCACAUCUGCUUCAAGUCUCUGCUGGGUCACAGCAGGUUCCGGUCCAGUCGCCAUGUGGCUGCUUGUGCUGUUCGGUGUCCUUCAGUCCGUAUCUUCAUACGAGGUGGAUGUCAGCAAGCUGGACGGACUGGCUCGGGCCAGAGUGGAGACGUGUGGUGGAUGACAACUGAACAGGCUCAGAGAGGUCAAAGCCUUUGUGGUCCAGGAUAUUCCUCUUUACCAUAAUCUGGUGAUGAAGCACAUUCCUGGGGCCGACCCUGAGCUAGUCCUACUGAAUCAUUACUACGAGGAGCUGGACAGAAUCGCCUUGUCUGACAUGACCCGCUCAGAGAUCAAUGAGUUGCUGGCUAAGCUGGGCUUCUAUAAGAAGGCCCAGGCAGACGAUGAGGUACCAGAGGAGUUCCGCUUCUCCCCCGCCAAAGACAGCCCGUUCAAAGAUGAGCCAGUGGCAUACAAGCCCGCCACUUCCUCUGUGGUCACUGAGAACACCACCUCUUCUUCACCAGAAGAAGAAGGCUCUGAAGCCAAGCACACUGACCUCUAAUGGUGUCAGUAACACAAGGUUUGUGACUGCUGCUACACGAGGCUAGCAGAUCCUGAAUCAGAGGGCCUAACAUUUCGCUGCAGGACUUUUUUCUGCUCCAUCAGCUGUCUUUAGAUUGCCUCACUUGUGUCUGCUGCCCUCCUGCUGAUACCGAAUGAUGCCACAGGCUACAAAUCUGCUGAUUGGCUUGAGGUUGAUGCUGUAUGUACUGGUGGGUGGGCUGCUACACACAAGAGUGACACAGUGUAACCACUAGAAACCAAUAAAACUGGUUUCACACUGAAGCAUUUUCUGGUUUUUUUUUUGCACAAAAAAGAAUGAAAUGAGGUAAAUGCAUGCAUCUUAAAAACUG